AUGCGCUGUGACCACGGAACAGGGCGGGAUCCCAGAAAAUGCAUCGACACCGGCUCAGAUCUUUCUCAACCACAGCUUAUUUGGGUUUUCGACGCACUUCUCAGCGCUGGCGCCCUUCAACUCGUCAUUAUAUUCCUCACAGCACUCUUGUCAAAGCGGGUUCGGCGAGUUGUGACCUGGUACAUGUUCAUAUUUGCGUGGAUCAUCCAUUCGCUUUCUUUCCUCUUCAUCGCCGGUAGGCAAGUUGGGAGUCCUCCAACAAUAGGAAUAUGCCUCGUUGGAUCUGCUCUGAUAUACGCUUCCCCUCCCCUCACCGGCUUCUCUACCCUCAUUCUUGUGCUUCAGCUGUAUCUCAACGUCAGUUUCGGCAGAUCAAUGGAGAAGCGCAAACAGAUCGAGGAGUACUUCCAUAUCAUGUUAAUUUUGCCGCUUAUGAUGUUCGUAGUUGUAGUCGUUGGUGUUAUAGCAGAACCUAAGCAGAUAACAAGGGACAAAAGCGGGAUGAUCUGCCAUCUGGACGACCCAGGCAGCGUUGUUUGGAACACCGUGAUAUUGACGUUAUGUGUUGCCCUCGUUCUGUUGGCUGGAGGCUCGACCAUCCGAAUCCUUUGGCGACGACGGAAGGCGAUGAGGAAUAUGCAUGACUUCGACCCCAUCACGAAAGGUUUGGUAUGUCGUCUGGCGUUGUUCAAUAUUGCUCCAUGUAUGGUAUUGAUAUACGAGGUUGUGUUGAUCCCCUUUAGCGACAAUGGCAUCAAGGUCACAUUCUGCCAUAUCGCCUAUGCAAGUCUGCCAAACCUUGCGGCAUGGACAUUCGGCAGUCAAUCAGACAUUAUGCGAGUCUGGAUGUUCUGGAAGAAAGAUAAACCUGAUCUUAUGUCGAGAAAACCAGAAGCCUUUCGUUAA